GUGUGUUUUUCUGGGUGGAGACUGAGGUCCUCCUAAAAGAAAACCAAACCUAGUCAGACACCAGCAGCAGCAGCAGCUCCACCGUCUGAGGCCGAGGAAACCGAGAGGUCUCCCGGCUCCGCUCCGAGCAGCACAGCUCACAGCACUGCGGAUCACUGUGUCACUAACCAGUCGUGUGUCGUCGUGUGUCCCUGCUGCUAUGUGUUUUAACCAGUUGUGCAGCUCUGUGACUGGCUGUGAACAGGUCUGCCUUGUUUGGGGAUCAGCACCAACACCCAAAGCGAGAUGAGUCAGGCAGGGCAGGCACCUGAAGACAUGCCUACAUGCCUCAACAAAGAGCCAGUUGCUACAGACGGAAACACGGAUAACCCACAGACACAAUCAGGCAUGUUUGGCAGGUUGGCGGGGGGCUUGUAUGGUGUCACCAGGGGAGCUAUAGGAGCAACAGUGGGCGGCGUGACAUGGAUCGGAGGAAAGAGUCUGAACCUCACCAAGAGCGCCGUCAGCACUGUAGCGGCUGUGCCUGCCAUGGGAGUGGGGUUGGUUAAAGGCGGCGUGUGUGCUGUAGCUGGAGGAGUAACUUCUGUCGGCUCUGCAGUGGUCAGCAAAGUUCCCAUAGGAGGGAGUAAAAAGAAGGACAAGUCUGACUGACGGGGAGAGGAGUGUGAGCUCACUCAGCCGAGUCGUGUGAGCACGCGCUGUACGGAUUCAUGAGAAAAUAAAGACCAGAACAGGACAAAAAAGUUCAGUGAACAUGUUUUGGUGAGGGGGUCUGUGCUUUGUUUUAUUUCUUUAGUUUCUGUUAUUAUGUGGUAUGGACCUGCAAAGCAAGAACUUACAAAGACUCUCCGACUGUUAAAGGAAAAUACAUC